CAUCAAAGAAAGUGUUUCGACUUUGUGUAUUGAAUUGAACUGAGAAAAUUACAGAGAGUUCGCGGAUCAUCCGUUCCGUGUUACGCAUCGAACCAACGAGUUCACUGUUCACUCGGCCUGCCAAACGAACCAAAGAGUUCAGCAACCGAACCUGCGUGUUCAUCCGGCCUACGUGCCUAACGCUUAGUCUAAAUUACACAAGAAGUUUGAAGCAACUUUGACACACGAUAUUCAUUGAAUCGGUGUAUUCAAAUAUCAACGAGUCCAUCACGGAAAACAUCGACACCAACCAUUUCAAAAAUUCGCUGAAAUAUUUGUUGGUUUGCAAUUGAAGAUAUGUAGGCCUCGAGAGUUUUACGUUACUUUCACAGUUCAGUCUAUGAGUCGACAAUCAUGCUACGUCUAUGUUUAAGGUUUUGUGUAUUCUUGCUGAGAUUGUUUACCCGCCUCGUUUACCAGAACGCACUUGUAAAUAGUGUUUGCGAGAAGGAUUAUUCCAGUCGAUGUUUAUUUUAUUUUCAGUGUUUCACUGUUAACAUUUAUAAAUACAAAGGGAAAUAUUUGUUAACAAGAAUUCCUCAUGUUUCGCAUGGAAGCUUUAAUCCUUUCGUUAUCUCGAAUAAAGAAGCACACAUUAUCAACCAGUUGCGUUACAUUGCGUUACGUUUUCUCUCACACAAAUGAGCCUCUAAGGACAAGCAAUACUUUUAUUUAUGUGCUUCAGUUCUUCUCUCACAGAAAAGAGCUUCUAAUUAUAUCAUAGAUAAUAAGCUCUUUAGCCUGUUAAUGUUUUAGUAGACUCGUUACGUUCAUUGACGGCAAUACAGCCCUUCACAAUAUUUUAGUAUUCAAAUAAUGAAAACGUUGCGUUACUAUUCAUGCCUCAAAGAUUUUCUGGCAGCUCUUAACUGAAGUGAUAUGGCCUCCUUCAAAAAAAAAAAAACAAAUUCCAUUUUCCACGUUUCAGUAUUACUUCAGCUAGUUUUGAUGCCAUUUCUAAACACCAUGCACACUCUCGUUCCAUGUUGUAGAUCACCCGGAAAGAAGAAAUAGGAGCCGGGGAAGGAGACUCAGCUCACACAGUAACUUUCCGCCUACCCUAUUUUCCACUACAAACACAGUGAUGGUUUCUUCAACACUUUCUACAGUGAUUUCUAUGGCUGGUCUAACUGACUAAUCGUGGCACCUUACUGUAACUUCACAAUUCAUUUCAAUGCUACGCUCUCUAGCCAAAGUAUCCCACGGAAUCGCCUUUAGGUGUCUCGUUUCUAUAUAAAAGACUUGAAAACACCACAACAAUAGAUCAGUCGCUUACCGCAAGUUCGGCCACUGGGGUGCAAAUGGACGCAGAGACAAAACAACCACGUUUCGUGUAUGUCCCUUAUGGAGACUCGGGUUCAGGCUACUACAGCAAAAAAGCACGUCAUACUUCACCUAGCAUCGCAGCAAUCAGUCCUGUUAUUCUAGAAUCCUUGCAGUCCAUUCCACUGAACGCUCGAUCCAUGUUUACUAUUGCUGACUAUGGCUGUGCGGAUGGAGGAACAUCUAUGUCUCUGAUUUGCGCCUGCAUCAAGAAACUUAAGGAAAUCCAUGGUGAUGAACUGGAAAUAAAUAUACAGUAUGAAGACCAGCCAUUCAAUGACUUCAAGUCACUGUUUAGCUUCGUCCAAGGUCUUAUUCCGGAAACACCAAGUCCUUUAAACUCAUUUUCUAAUGUCUACGUGACAGCCUGUGGAACUGAGUUUUAUCAACAGUGUUUCCCGAGCCAUUCUGUAAAUCUAGCCUUGUGCUUCUUUGCUGCACAGUGGUUGAGUGAAAAACCAUGUGAUCCAAUUGACUCGUGUUUUCACCUGACGUCCAACGAUGAAAAGGCAAAGGAUAUUUUCUCAAAAUAUGCUGCUCGUGAUUGGGAAACAUUCCUUCUUCUUAGAGCAACAGAGCUAUCACCAGGUGGGAAAUUGGCCGUAAUUAUGUCAGCAAUUGGGGAAGACGGGCAAUGGCUGGGAAACACGAAAGAAACCAAGGUCCCCUUUGCUGAUGCCAUGUACCAAGUGUGGAAGACUAUGGCAGAUGAAGGAAUCAUUACAAAGGCCGAAGUCAAGCAGACUACUUUUGCGGCGUAUAUUCGUUCGAGAAAAGAAAUAGUGCAACCUUUCUUAUCAGUGGAAUCACCUGUGAGGAAAGCGGGGUUUUCUCUUCUGUCAUGUGACGUUUUGUCGUAUCCUCGUCAACAAGCCACUGGGGAUGUAAAGAUGGACGCUAAGAAAUUAGUUGACGGGGUGCGUGUCUGGAGCAAUCACACGAUGAUGUCAGGUAACAUCUGCAAAAUAUUUAUAAUUUGCCACAGUAAGGAAACUGUAGACGGUGCAUGUUGGAAGCAGUGUGUUUUUUCUCCAGGGAAAUCGUUCCCAAAUCUCACGGCCUUCGAUUUCAUUUACCUUACUUGGUGUUUGUUCCAGGCUGCCUAAACGUAUUGAUGCUUUGCAGCUAAUCCCGAGAAAUUCAAAUGACAAAGGCCUGGCGGCCAUGUUGGAUGACAGUAAUAGAGGAAACCAGUUACCGGACAUCUAUUGUUAAUGUCGUCCAAUAUGGCGGCGAUGACGUCAUGUAAUAAUCAAGAAUGAAUUGAAAAUGUUUUUAUCAUAGAGGAUGACUAGGAAAAACGAAAAUUUGAAAUAAUAAU